ACAUAACCUAAAAGCUACAAGUGAGUUGUCUAGCGUUAUCAGAAGUCCAAACAAGUAAUGUGAUAAUUAAUUUAAUUUUUGUCUUAGUAGUGGCUUAAAAUGUUUUGGAAUGUAGUUGUUAUGAUUUCAUGCAUCAAAUUGCUGCUAAUACCAGCCUAUCGUUCAACCGAUUUUGAAGUCCAUCGCAAUUGGUUGGCAAUAACUCAUAGUUUGCCGAUCAAGAACUGGUAUAAAGAGGAUACUUCAGUAUGGACCUUGGACUAUCCACCGUUAUUCGCUUGGUUCGAGUACUUACUAUCUCAUGUUGCCAAAUACUUCGACAAAGACAUGCUGGAUGUCCAGAAUCUCAACUAUGAGUCAACUAAUACAAUUCUAUUCCAGCGUUUAUCAGUUAUAGUGUCUGAUCUAUUCCUAGUUUACGGUACCAAAGAAUGUUGUACCUACUUAAGCACAAGUGGCCUACGGAAGAGUAGCAAAUGGAGCUCGAAAUGGGGCUCACCCACCGCCAUUUUACAAUUGCUUCUAAUGGCCAACGCCGGCCUUCUCAUGAUCGAUCACAUACACUUCCAGUACAAUGGCAUGCUCUUCGGCAUCUUGCUCUUAUCCGUCGCAAAAAUAAUGCAGGAUAAAUGGCUGGUGGGAGCAUUCUGGUUCACAGUUCUCCUGAACAUGAAGCACAUAUUCGCUUACGUUGCGCCGGCUUAUUUCGUCUAUUUGCUGCGCAAUUACUGUUUUGUACGCACCACACAGGGCAGCCAACUGCGAUUGAAUCUCCUUUCGUUCACGCGCACUUUCAAACUGGCUGUGAUAGUUCUAUCUGUAUUCACUGUAUCAUUUGGGCCAUUCGUGUUCUACGGACAACUAGGACAGGUUCUAUCUCGCCUUUUUCCAUUCAAACGAGGGCUGUGUCAUGCUUACUGGGCACCCAAUUUUUGGGCCUUAUACAAUAUGUUGGACAAAGUUCUAGUUGUCUUAUUUAAAUUAAUGGGAAGAUCACUAAAGGCGAACCCAGCUAGUAUGACAGGAGGUCUAGUGCAGGAGUUCGAUCAUGCAGUUCUCCCCAGCAUAACGCCUAGAAUCACACUCUUCUGUACGGUGCUAUCAAUACUGCCAUGUCUAAUCAAACUGUGGAGAUGUCCUGGUAACCCAUUGCAUUUCAUGCGAGCGCUCAUACUUUGCGCGUUUGGAGCAUUUAUGUUUGGAUGGCAUGUCCACGAAAAAGCCAUUCUUAUGGUCAUUAUUCCUCUAAGUGUAAUUUCGGUUGUGUGGCGGAAGGAAGCCGAAAUCUACCUGAUGAUCUCAACAGUAGGCCACUACUCCCUGUUUCCGCUCUUCUUCACGCCAUUCGAGCAUAUCCUCAAGGUGUUCAUCCUGCUGAUCCACACAGUGUACGCGUUCGAGAGCCUCUCGAAUCUGUUGGACGUGAAGCACUCGCGCUUUGGCCUGCCACUGCUCUCCACACUUGAGUCGAGCUACCUGCUCGGCCUCGGUGGCUUGUUCGUGUUGGAGUCACUCGUCUACCCGAUGACCGAGCUCGCCGCGUCAUAUCCGUUCGCGCCACUCAUGCUCACCUCGGUCUACUGUGCGGUGGGCGUGUCCUAUUGCUGGCUGCGUUACUAUUGGAACUUUGUGUCGAUGAGUGAGACCGAUCACAAGCGCAAGGCAUACUAAGCUGUAUUGAAACCUGUUGAGCUUAUGCUGGGUUGUGUGUUUGUAGAGAGCCUAUUCAAAAUGCUGGUUUUUGUGUUUGUGGAGCAUCAUUGUGUUCAACUAUUGUGUAAUGCUAAACCUGUUGAGCCUAUUCAAAAUGAUAAAAUUUGUUGAAUGAGAAUUGAUAUUGUGGAAUUUUUCCAUAGUUUAAAAACACAGUUUUGUUUUUGUCACAUACACAUUUAUUAGACAUUUAUAAGCCGAAACAUUUAUUUUUUCAUUUACAACAUAUAUUUUUCCAUUUCAUCUUCAUUGGAAAAACACAGUUUUAUUUUUGUCACAUCCACAUUUAUUAUAUGCAUUUAUUUAGGACUGCAGUUUCCUGUUGAAACCAACACAUCUCCAGCUGCAGAUGUGUUGGUUUCAACACGAAAUUGCAGUCCUAAAUAAAUGCAUAUAAUAAAUGAGGAUGUGACAAAAAUAAAACUGUGUUUUUCCAAUGAAGAUGAAAUGGAAAAAUAUAUGUUGUAAAUGAAAAA